AUGGAUGAAUCAAGUCAAGCUCAUGGAACAGAUACCCCUACACCUACAACUGCUACACCUACCACUGCCACAGAUACAAUUGUUGGAUCCUCAAUCCAACCAAAAAAUGAAGCAGCACAUCCAGAGACAGCAACAGUAGAUGUAGAAGCUACUUCUACUCAAAUGGUUGGUAAGAUAACUUCUAACAUUUGGAAUCAUUUCAAGAGGUUGAAUGUUCAAGAUGCUGGAUGCAAUUACUGCAAGAAGGUGAUAAAGGCUCAUACUGGAAAUAAUGGUACAAGUGGAAUGUGGAAGCACUUCAACAGAUGCAAGCAGAAUCCUAACAAUCCAAAGCCAAAAGGACAACAAACUCUGACAUUAAAUCCUGCACAACUGGGUGAGGAUGAAGGUCAGUUAGUCUCUACUAUUUUCAGUCAAGAGAAAUGUAAAAGGGAAGUUGUUGAAUUUAUUAUAAUUGAUGAGAUGUCAUUUAGAGCAGUUUGA